AUGGAUUACUAUGAGCUGCUCCAAGUCCCACGUGGCGCCAAUGAGAUGGAAAUCAAGAAAGCCUAUCGCAAACUGGCGAUGAAAUGGCACCCUGACAAGAACAAGAGCAACAUGAUGGAAGCUCAGUAUCGCUUCCAGGAGAUCUCCGAGGCUUACGACGUGUUGAGUGAUCCGGAACGUCGUGCCAUCUUCGACCAGUACGGCUAUGACGGACUCAAGAACGGCAUGCCGGACGAAAACGGCGACACGCGCGACGGCUACGCCUUCAACGAACGCGCGUCCGAAGACGUGUUCAACAAGUUCUUCGGGACAAAUAACCCGUUCGGCGACUUUGGAUUUGGCGACACCUUGCCGUUCGCGAGCUCUCUGCGUAAGAAAGGCCCCGAGAAAGCCGAACCCAUUGUGUGUGAGCUGGUGUGCACGUUGGAAGAGCUUUUCCUGGGGACAGCCAAGUCCAUCGUCAUCGCGCGCAUAAGGCUGCAGAAGGACGACCUGGUAGACGACGCUAAGACUUUUGUGGUCAAGGUGAAGCCUGGCUGGAAGGCUGGCACCAAGAUCACAUUCGAUCGCGAAGGCAACGAGACUCGAGCCAAUGAAGCGGGAGACGUGAUCUUCCAAGUGGUGCAGCAAGAACACAAUCUGUUCAAACGUGAUGGCGCUCACCUGGUGUUCACGGCUAAGUUAAAGCUGAGUGAGGCUCUGGGUGACUACUGCGUGGAAGUGCCGACGCUGGAUGGUCGUAAGCUGGCCAUUUCGUGCAACGAAGUGGUGAGUCCCAGCUCCGAGAAGCUGGUGAAGAAAGAAGGCAUGCCGAUCUCCAACCAGCCAGGAGAACGCGGGGAUCUGCGCAUCAAAUUCGACAUCACCUUCCCUCGCCAUCUCACGACUCUCCAGAAGACAGCGCUAGCAAAAAUCUUAGGCUAA